AUGGCAGACAUCAGCACAAACAUUGACGUGUCCGCGCGCAAAUUCCUCCGCAGUCCACAGGCUCGCAGCAAAGAGAAAAUGCCAGCGAACGGCAGCCAGGCGGCGGAUCCGAGAGACGAGAGUCUGGCCAAAGUGGAGAUCAGCCUCCUGGGCGUCAUCUUCUCCUGCGCCGCCGUCCUCAACGGCGCCCUGAUGCUGCUCCUGUGGCGGCGGCGCAAGCACGUGAGCAGGACGCGCGUCUUCGUCUUCCACCUGUGUCUGGCGGACCUCGUGGUGGCUUUCUUCCAGGUGUGCCCGCAGCUCAUGUGGGACAUCACGGACAGGUUCGUCGGCCCGGACGCGGUGUGCCGCCUGGUAAAGUACCUGCAGGUGGUGGGGAUGUUCUCGUCCACCUACAUGAUCGUGGUGAUGACCGUGGACCGGUACCAGGCCGUGUGCCACCCCAUGGUGAGGUUCACGCGGAGGCACGCGCGCACGAACGUGCCCGUGCGGGCGGCGUGGGGGGCGUCUCUGGCGGGCGGCCUGCCGCAGCUGUUCAUCUUCUCCCGGGCGGAGGUGGCGCCCGGCGUGUUCGACUGCUGGGCGGAGUUCGUCCAGCCGUGGGGGCUGCAGACCUACGUCACGUGGACCACGCUGGUGAUCUUCGUGGUGCCCGUCGUCACGCUCGUCUUCUGCCAGGUGCGCAUCUGCGGAGCCAUCCGGAAGAACCUGCGCCGGAAAGGUGCUGCGGACGCGGACGCGGUGCCCCCCAGAGCCAGCGGGGCGGCCGGCAUGUCCAAAGCCAGGGUGAAGACCCUCAAGAUGACCGUGGUCAUUGUCACGGCCUACAUUGUCUGCUGGUCCCCCUUCUUCACCGUCCAGCUCUGGUCUGCCUGGGACGCCCACGCACCCACAGAAACGGCCACGUUCACCAUCCUGAUGCUGCUGGCCAGCCUCAACAGCUGUGUCAACCCCGUCAUCUACCUCCUCUUCAGCGGUCAGCUUCCUCGCCGGCUGCUCACGCCCGUGUGCCGGCGGCGCUCCGACGCCAAGGACUCCGUGCACGAGGACGCCACGCUGGUCAGCACCUUUUACACCAGUUUUAAAAACCUCUCCGUCUCCAAAUGA